GCUGGAUGAGAAGAAACUCUCACAUCCGGUUCUGUAGUAGAGAUGGAAUAAAUAAAAAUCCAUCAACUAUAACCCCAAAAGAACCAGAUUCCGUAAACAACAUAGAGGAAGAAUGAAGGGAAUAGCUUCUCGAGGGAAUCAUAUUUGUUUCGGUAAAUAUGCGCUUCAAGCACUUGAACCCGCUUGGAUCACAUCUAGACAAAUAGAAGCUGGGCGACGGGCUAUGACACGAAAUGCACGUCGUGGAGGAAAAAUAUGGGUACGUAUAUUUCCCGAUAAACCAGUUACUGUACGACCCGCAGAAACACGUAUGGGUUCAGGAAAAGGAUCCCCUGAAUAUUGGGUUGCUGUUGUUAAACCCGGUCGGAUACUUUUUGAAAUGGGUGGAGAGUAACAAAAAAUAUUGCCAGAAAAGCUAUUUCAAUAGCAGCAUCAAAAAUGCCGAUACAAACUCAAUUCAUUAUUUCGGAGAUAGAAUAGACGAUAUAACUCUAGAACCAACCCAAAGAAUCUUAAGAAUGAAACAAAAACAAAAAAAAAAGAGGUUUCGUUUUAUGUUUGUGGACAAAAAAUAUUUCUUUUUUUCUUCGCCCUUUGCAUUGUGAAAGAAAAGAAUAAAAAAAAUGCUAUGAUUCAAUCCCAAACCCUUUUAAAUGUAGCGGAUAACAGCGGGGCUCGAAAAUUGAUGUGUAUUCGAAUAAUAGGAGCUAGCAAUCGUCGAUAUGCUUAUAUUGGUGACAUUAUUGUUGCUGUUAUCAAAGAAGCUGUACCUAACAUGCCUCUACAAAGAUCUGAAGUAGUUAGAGCCGUAAUCGUGCGUACCUCUAAAGAACUAAAACGUGGCAACGGGAUAAUAAUACGAUAUGAUGAUAAUGCCGCAGUUGUUAUUGAUAAAG